AUGUCCCUCUCCUUGAAAGUGGCAGCUCUAGCCUUCAGCUCAAUGCGGAUGCUGCCUAGAAUCCAUGGCUUCUGGUUGGGGUACGUACUUACGGUCACUGGAGACGACGUCGUCGAUGCACUUAUUGAUGAAGCUAAACUCCUCAAUGUUAUUGGAUGAAUCCCAGAACAUAUUCCAGUCUGUGCUCGUGAAACAGUAGCUUAGCAUCCACUUCAUCGGACCAGCACGAACACCUGAUUCGACUAAUCAAAGUCUUGAUGAGAACCGGAGUCGGUGACUAGUGAUCAAGAUUACUUUCCUAUGAGUAUAUGCGCUUCAUAAAUGUGAGUUUGACCUUUGACCCUGUGAUGACUCGGCAGGUGCAUGCAGAGGUAGAGUUUGAGCUGCUGGAGGGAGCUGUGCUGGCUGUCGAGAUGCUCAACGGAACACUGCUACACAGCGGACACAUCGUCAAGGUCCAGAGACCUGUAAAGGAGUCCAUGUUGGAUCUGGACGUCUUUCUGAGUUCCCUGCAGGAUGACCCGCUAAAUGCUAACGUCAUCUACGCCGCAGGGCUAAAGGCUAAUGCUAAAACAGCACAGUUUGCAGCCAAAGUCAAUGGGACUGGGCUAAAUGCUAAUGCAGCUGAAGUCAAUGAGACUGGGCUAAAUGCUAACAUAGCAGCACUCCCAGCUAAGGUCAAUAGAGCUAGGCUACAUGCUAAAGCGAACCAUUCGGGGCUCUUAGAAAAAGUCAAUGGAACUUUUCUAAAUGCUAAAGCUAAGCUAGCUGAAGCGAAUGGACCUGGGCUACAUGCUAAAGCUAAAUUUGCUAAGCUAGCAGAGCUCUCAGUUGAAGUCAAUGGCACUCUGCUCCAAGUGAAAACUAUGCUAGCAGAGAUAGCAGCCGAAGCCAAUGUUGGAGCGAGGCUCCAUGCUAAGACUGCCGGACUCUGUGAAGAGGACCUCCGCGAGGCCUUCGGACAGUACGGAACGGUUCAGGGCGUAAUUCUACCGGCAAAGCACUCUGGAAAACAGAAACGAAGGAGACAUGCUUUCUUAAAGUAUGAUAGUCCUGACACUGUGGACGCGGUCCUCAGCUCACCUGUGGAACUCUGGGACAGGAAGGUGAGCACUCGCAGAGCCCUGACUCCGCCCCACCUGUGCUCCUGGGUUACUAUGACGACGACGACUGGGUCCGACAGAGAGACACCGGACGAGUCGUCGCAGGAAACCGGAAGAGAGGAACAGGAAGCGGCGUGCGUGAUGAGGAAGUUGGACCGGCGCGUGGGGAAGCUGUUCAGAUCUCUACCUGACAACACCCUCAGCAUCGUACUGCUGCCUGGUCACAACAGUUCCCAUGGCGAUGGUCUGUGUUUCCUGGAGGUCAAACAGGGGUCAGCAGCACUCGGUGACCACACCCACGACCUGAUGCUACCUGCAUAGUGUACCUUGCCAAGAUUCCCAGAAAUCCAGUUCCUUCCCAAGAUUCCCAGAAAUCCCGGUUGGAGGAUUCUGGAUUUCUUGCUUACCCCCUCCUGAUUUCGUGAAUCUUCCAAACGGGACAUUUUAGGAAAGUUAACAGAUGUUGACAACACUUUGCCUGCGAUACUGUGUUUUACCAUCUUGGUGUGCUGUGGCCCAGCAGUGCUGCAACUUGACUAACAACGACAGCUAUAGGCUACGAGAGUAUUAAGUUAUGUUUUAAAUAAAGAGGUGAGUCUACUUACGAGUGCUUGAUAUGUUUCGUUCAGUACAGGCUGGACAGGGUUUUGGACACAGGCAAUGAAUUGAAGGUAAAACACAGGAUGUGUCUGAUAUGACACCCUAUUCCCUAUGUAGUGUGCACUAUGGGCACCCUAUUCCCUAUGUAGUGUGCACUAUGGGCACCCUAUUCCCUAUGUAGUGUGCACUAUGGGCACCCUAUUCCCUAUGUAGUGUUCACUAUGAGCACCCUAUUCCCUAUGUAGUGUGCACUAUGGGCACCCUAUUCCCUAUGUAGUGUGCACUAUGGGCACCCUAUUCCCUAUGUAGUGUGCACUAUGGGCACCCUAUUCCCUAUGUAGUGUGCACUAUGGGCACCCUAUUCCCUAUGUAGUGUUCACUAUGAGCACCCUAUUCCCUAUGUAGUGUUCACUAUGAGCAGCCUAUUCCCUAUGUAGUGUGCACUAUGGGCACCCUAUUCCCUAUGUAGUGUGCACUAUGGGCACACCAUGGGUCCUGGCAAAACUCUCUACAGGGCUUAUUAGGGUGCCAUUUUGGACGUAAACUCACUGUGUUUGACCUGUAUUGCUGCUUCUGAUCUGAAUCACAUGAUGCCUUGUGUCGUCUUUAUCAUAUGUACCUUAAUAAACGGGUGAUUGUUGUUAA